AUGUGCUACUACGGAGGAUAUUAUGGAGGCCUGGGCUACGGAUAUGGAGGCCUAGGGUAUGGUUGUGGCUGUGGCUAUGGCUGUGGCUAUGGUGGCUAUGGCUAUGGCUGCUGCCGCCCACUGUGCUGUAGAAGAUACUGGUCUUAUGGCUUCUACUGA